AUGUCUGGCGCAACACAGGCUCUUGAAGCCCUCUACAAGGCACCCUCCGCAGAAGAAUGCUACGUCGCAGCAGAACAGCUCGCCGAAUCCAUCAACCACAGCAGCCUUCGCGUUCUCCAAUCCGAAGGCGUCCUCGACAGCCUCGUCAAGGCGUCCAAGAACAAGAAGAGCGGUUACGAGCGUGAAGCUGCCGCCAUCGGCCUGGACGCCAUCUUUGUCAAGGUUGGCGGCAAAAAUGCUCCCACUCCUCUCGGUGCGGAACCAUGGCUCCUCCACACCCUUCCUGCCAUUCUCGAACUCUACGCGGACAAAGGUGAUGUCGUCCGUCAAGCCGCCGAGACCGCUGCUGGCUCGCUGCUUUCCUUGGUCCCUCCCGAGGCAGCUCCCGAAUUCCUCGGUGUCCUCUACGAAGUGCUUGGAUCCGGUAGUGCAAAAUGGCAGGCCAAGGUGGGCGCACUCAAGCUGAUCGGCCGUCUCAGCGGUUUGGCCAGCGAGCAGGUCGGCGACGAGCUCGUCGAGCUCAUCCCAUACCUCACCAAGGCCAUGCACGAGACCAAGGCCGAGAUCUCCAAGCAGGCACGUAAAACCGCCAUCAAGGUCUGCGAGUCGUGCCUCGACAACAAGGACAUCCGACCAUUCAUCCCCGAUCUGGUGGGCUGCAUGGCUCAGCCCGACGCCGUACCCGAAUGCAUCAAGAAGCUGUCCGGAACCACUUUUGUCGCCGAGGUGACUGGUCCCGCAUUGGCCGUCAUGGUUCCUUUGCUCGCUCGUGCACUCAACGAGCGAAGCCAGAACGUUCAGCGACAGGCCGUCGUCGUCGUCGACAACCUCUGCAAGCUCGUUCGCGACCCGCACGAGGCCGCCAAGUUCUUGCCCGAGCUCACUCCCGGUGUCGAGCGCAUCGAGAAGGGGGCCAGUUUCCCCGAGGUGCGUGAGCACGCAAAGAGCGCUCUCGACACACUCACCGCCGCCACCGCUGCUGUUGGUGAAAAUGCCACCACCGAGGACCCCAAGAAGAUCUUCGAGCAGCAACGCAACGCCGCCCUCGACGCCGUCAUUGCGGCUGUCCAGCCUUACGUGCCCGAAGAGCACGCCAACCUCAAGAGCGAUGCAUUUGCGCUCACGGGCCUCGAAUACUUGGCCAAGCUCAUCGUUCGCCUUGCCGACAAGCGCGUCCUCCACGCUAGCGCAUGGGACGACGUCUAUGUUCAGCCAUACCUCCGUCGAAUUUGCAAGGAUGCCGAGGCUGCUCAGACCGCCACCGCCGACCUGCGCAAGACCUACAUCGAGCUCGACAAGGCCCGCUUCGGCAACUCUGAAGAGGAGGAUGACGACGAAGCCGGCGAGUGCCUCUGCCGUACCGAGUUCUCGCUCGCCUACGGUGGUCUUCUGCUACUCAACCACACUACCCUCAAGCUCUACCGCGGUCACCGAUAUGGUAUCGUGGCUGCCAACGGUAGCGGCAAGUCGACCCUGCUCAAAGCCAUGCGCGAUGGCAAGGUCGAAGGCUACCCUUCGCAGGACGAGGUUCGCACGCUCAUGGUCGAGCACAGUCUCCAGGGUGAGGACGGUUCCACCCCCAUCAUCGACUUUAUCGCCAACGACAAGAAGUUGGUCGGCAAGUCGCGCGAGCAGGUUGCCGAAAAGCUGCGCGAAGUAGGCUUCGACGACGAGAAGCAACAGAACCCUGUCUCGUCGCUCUCCGGUGGUUGGAAGAUGAAGCUCGAGUUGGCACGUGCCAUGCUCUCGGACGCUGUCGUUUACCUGCUCGACGAGCCCACCAACCACUUGGACGUCGCAUCCAUCGCCUGGCUCGAAAAUUUCCUCGUCACCAACAACCAAAUCACCGUCGUCACCGUCUCGCACGACUCGGGCUUCCUCGACAAUGUCUGCACCGACAUCAUCCACUACGAGAAGAAGAAGCUGCGCUACUACAAGGGCAACCUCUCGGACUUUGUCGCGACCAAGCCAGAGGCCAAGGCUUACUACUCGCUCGCCGCAACGACGGUCAAGUUCACCUUCCCUCCUCCCGGAUCGCUCAUGGGUGUCCGCUCCAACACGCGUACCAUCCUCAAGAUGUCCAACUGCACAUUCACAUACCCUGGCAUGACCAAGCCGUCGCUCAACGACACAUCUUGCGCCAUUAGCCUCUCGAGCCGAGUCGGUGUGCUCGGUCCGAACGGUGCCGGUAAGAGUACGCUGAUCAAGGUGCUCACCGGCGAGACGGUCCCGCAGCAAGGUAAGGUGGAGAAGCACCCCAACCUGCGUAUUGCCAUGAUGGCGCAGCACGCCUUCCACCACUUGGAGCAGCAUCUCGAGAAGACAGCUGUCGAAUACAUUGCAUGGCGAUACCAGGACGGCCACGACCGAGAGAUGACCGAAAAGGCGUCGCGCAAGAUGACGUCCGAGGAGAAGGCGCAGAUGGAGACCCCCAUCAAGUCCACCACUGGCGAGUCGCGCAAGGUCGAGUACAUUGUGGGACGACAGAAGCUCAAGAAGUCGUACCAGUACGAGAUCAAGUGGGUCGGCUACGAGCACCGCAACAACUCGUGGAUCCCGCGCGAUCGUCUGCUGGAGCUUGGAUUCAGCAAGCUCGUGCAGCAGUUCGACGACUUUGAAGCAUCGCGAGAAGGUGCCGGCUCGCGCGAGAUCAGCGUCAAGCUCAUCCGACAGCACCUCGAGGCUGUCGGUUUGCAGGGCGAGAUUGCGCAGCACCACGCUGUGGGAGGCUACUCGGGUGGUCAGAAGGUCAAGGUGGUACUGGCAGCUGCCAUGUGGAACAACCCGCAAUUGCUGGUGCUCGACGAGCCGACCAACUACCUGGAUCGAGACGCGCUCGGUGGGUUGGCCACCGCCAUUCGCGACUGGGCGGGUGCUGUGGUGAUCAUCUCGCACAACAUGGAGUUCGUCGGUGCCCUUUGCCCCGAGAUCUGGAACGUCGACCACGGACGCAUCAUCUCUAGGACCAAAGCUCAGCUGGCUGAGGGUGCGUUCUUGGACGAGAUGGAGAACGCCUCGACGCCUGGCGCUUCUGUGCCCGGCACACCCAUGCCUGGCAGCACUGCCGCUUCUCGCCUCGCAUCCAAGGCGGGCACUCCCGCUUCGUCCGCAGCGCCUACACCGGCAGGGUCAGGCGACGAGGGAGACCAAGAUAUGUCCAAGUUCAAAGCCAAGAAGGGAAAGAAGAAGCUCACGCGUAACGAGAAGAAGGCGCAGGAGGAGCGUCGUCGUCUGCGCCUCAGCCGGUGGCUCACGUACGGUGGCGACCGCGAACCCGACACCGACGACGAGUAA